GGUUGGUACAUACACUGUUGAUGUAUCCAGAGGGUCAAAUUUUAUGGAUGUGAAGUCCUCGCUACUAGCGACCUUGCAAACAGAGUCAGGUGGAUAUGACAUUAAGCUUUGGUCAUCCCUUGACCUCCAACACUUGGAAUACACGUCAAACUCAGCCCCAACGCUCUUUGCUAUGGUGGGGGACGGGGACAGCCACGUGGUUGAUGCGAGCGUCACUGCUACAGUCACGGACUCAGCCCAGAACACCGCCGUCCUGGUCAUGCGCGAUGAUGGCACAGGAGCCGAUGUCACGGGCAACGAUGGCGUGUACUCGGCCUACCUUAUAGGCCUAUCUCAGACUGGAAGUGCCAGCGUCCAGGUUGCAGCGAAUGACAACGGCGGUUCAGCCAAACUGGUGACGGCGACCAGACGUGCAGCUCCGGUCAAUCCUGCUGUGGGAGCCAGAUCACCUUCCAGACUAACCUCCCUUCUGCCGGCACCUUCACCCUCACUUCGGAGAACGCAGGUGAAGUGACCGGAACGAUACCCCAAA